CGAAGCGGACAUGUCGGUACUGGCGCGCGUCCUCCCCGUCUUAAAGCUCUACCUUACCGCCGUGAAGGUCCUGUUUUAUCAGCUCCUCCACAAACCGUUCGCUGUUCCAGCUCUGCCUAAACAGCACGGGAAGGUUGCCAUAGUGACAGGGGGAGCCAGGGGCCUGGGAUAUGCGAUAGUGAGGCAGCUGGCUGGUCUGGGGAUGCAUGUUAUCAUAGCAUCACAUGACAAAAAGCAGGGUCUGGCUGCUGUGAAGAGUAUUCGGGAGGAGCAAAGCAGAGCUCUAGUGGACUUUGAGUUUGUUGACCUGGCCUCCCUGAGUUCUGUGCGACAGUUUGUGUGCAGGUUUCAGGCCCAGGGACUCCCACUUCAUGUGCUCAUCAACAAUGCGGCCGUCAUGCUGGUCCCCGAAGGCAAGACAGAUGACGGUUUUGAGCUGCACUUUGCUACCAACUACCUGGGGCACUUUCUGCUGACCCGCUUCCUCCUGGACACCCUGGUGCAUUCUGGGAAGGACGAGGCGUGUUCUAGAAUCAUCAGCAUCUCCUCCUCAGCACACUACACAGCCGACAAAGACUUCUUGUUCUCCAGAAGCAUGCAGCACUACAGUGCCCAUGGGGCCUACGCCCACAGUAAGCUGGCCCAGGUGCUGUUCACCUACCGCCUCCAGCAGGAGCUGCAGUCCAGUGGCUGCGCUGUGACAGCCAGUGCCGUUGACCCAGGCGUGGUGGACACCCAUCUGUACCGCAACCUAAGCACCCCAGCCAGACUGGCCCAAAGACUCAUCGCCCACCUACUCUUCAGGGUAGGAUCCUGGAGGAGCCCUGCCCAGGCUGCAGCCACAGCCGUCUACGCCGCUGCAUCUCCUGAGCUGGAGGGAGUCGGGGGGUGCUACCUGUACGAGGGCAAGCGCGUGUCCUCCUCUGCACUCUCCUACGAUGUGGAGCUGCAGGCCCAGCUGUGGAGAAGGUCCUGCAGCCUUCUAGGCCUUGCGGACUCCCUCUACGUGUACCAGGCUAAAAGGGGCGGGGGCGGGGGCGGAGCUUACACCAAUCUCUCUUUGUAGAAACACAUAGAUUUUUCAGUACAUGAAGAGUGAUGGUCUGUUUGUGAAUAUGAUCAAAGCCCUGGUUUUUGGUUGGUUGUUGUUGUUUUUUUCCUGCAUAAGUCUGUUCAGUUUUCUUCAGUUCUCUCUCAGCAGUAUUUUUUGUGUUGACAAUCUCUUCAUACCGAAAGACUGUGCUUGGCUGCAAUAUAAGAAUAAGUAAAUUUAGGAAAGAAAUCUGUCACGGUUUUAUUGUAAUCGUGUGUUUUUAAGAAGUGCUUAAUGUAUGAGAGUCUGAGAGAUUCCCUCCCGUGUUCUGUGCGUAGGCGUGUGCGAGCACACGCAAAUGUGUGUGUAUGUGCAUCCCCUUGAUCUUCCAGAAGGAAAAAAGCACUUUGCCUGUACAGUUGCCGCACCUGUAUGGGCUUUUCGUGUUGUCCCGUCUCAUUUUGAUGGGUUUCCUGGCAUCUGUGUGGCGUGUUGUCGUCGUGACAUCGACCUGUAAAUGGCACAGCUGCUGUUUAUGUUGUCUGUUGUGCAUUAUAAGUGUUUGCAGGUGUUUUUAAUGAGAUUGUGUACUUCAGUCAGAUGGGUGAUUUGCUAUUAUUACUGUGUAGCUUCAGAUAAAAGAAAGUUUUGUAUCA